AAGAGUGAAGAGGGCAGAAGCUAGCUAGAGCUAGAAGAGGAAGGAAGGGGCCAAGGCAAUGGGAGAGGCUCUCAUAUUAAAAAGGGGGCUAAACACUAACCAGCCAUUUGCAUGCUCUCUCCAUAGACCAUCCUUCCUUUUCCUUUCAUCAAUUCCUCCCUUCCAUAUAUGCAGGCUAUGUCAUCUGCUUGCUUAUAACUACUACUAGUAGCUAGCUAGCACAAUAAGGAGAUAUAUAUAUAGUUCAUAGGUAACACCAAACUUAGCUACAAGGUGAAAUUGCAUCACUGAGAGGGAGCUAUCUUGUCUGCAUUUGCAUUGCAUUGCAGUGGUGAUCGAUUAACUAGCACUGAACAGUCGGUGAGUGAUCAUCAUCUAGGUAGAGCUAGAGAUCAGUGCAUGCAUGGGGCAUCACUCUUGCUGCAACCAGCAGAAGGUGAAGAGGGGGCUGUGGUCUCCCGAGGAGGACGAGAAGCUGGUCAGGUACAUCACCACCCAUGGCUACGGCUGCUGGAGCGAGGUCCCCGAGAAAGCCGGGUUGCAGCGGUGUGGGAAGAGCUGCCGGCUGCGGUGGAUCAACUACCUUCGGCCGGACAUCCGGCGAGGCCGCUUCACGCCGGAGGAGGAGAAGCUCAUCAUCAGCCUACACGCUAUUGUAGGCAACAGGUGGGCCCACAUUGCCAGCCACUUGCCGGGUCGGACCGACAACGAGAUCAAGAACUACUGGAACUCGUGGAUCAAGAAGAAGAUACGCAAGCACGUGCCGGCGCCGCCGGCUUCGAUCUCGCCCACGACGGCGAGCCCUCCAAACAGCCUAAUCGCAGCUCCUCCAUGCACCGGCAGCACGGGGACGUCAUCGGUCGCUGGCGGCGCCAACCACCGCCGGCCGCUGCAGCACCCGACGUUCAGCUGCACCGCCGACGAAGACGAGCAGCACCAUCUGCAGCUCGACGCCUUCAUGGGCCCCCAGGCCCAGGCCCAGCAGAGCAUCGUAAGCUGCGGCAGGGACGAGGGCUCUCCUCCGGGAGGAGCAACAAUGGCGGCGGCACCGCCCCCGCUCUUCAUGUUCGACACAUCCGGGCCGUUGUUCGCGACGACCCCGGCGCAGGAGCACCCGUUCAUCUCGAGCUUCACGGCGGCGAUGGCGGAGGGAGGAUGCUACGGCCUGCAGCUGCCUCCCCUCGUCGACGGCAUGGGCGCCAUGGCCAUGGACGACCACUGCAGAUACGAAAUCGUCGAGGAGCAGAAGCAGCAGCAGCAGCGGCGGCGGCCGGAGCCGGAGCUGGAGCUGGAGCUGGAGGAGGAGCGGUGGGUGGACGACGAGCAGCUGCUGAUGUGGCAUGACGUCCACGAUGAACUAACCACCACGCCCUCGUCCAACCUGCAAAGUGAUCAUCACUCCUCCCUCCUUUUUAUGGGGCCUAAUUAACUGAUUAACGCCAUCUUCUUCCUCUCAUCCAAGUUAAAACCCACAUAUGCAUGCAUAUAUGCAUGCUUUUGCUAGCUUCUUCCUCUCCAUGAUCCAAAACCAUAUCUCUCUCACAAAUCUCUCUAGCUCACAAACAUAUUACACAUAUAUACCUGAUCUCUGAUCUCUCUGUCUAUACAUGAAAUAACGAGGCUCUGGCUCCAUCGGUCCGAUACUCCAAUCCGAUCGACCAAGGCGCCCCGUCGCGUAAAUUAUUGUGUUGAGUUUUGCGGUUUUUUCUCGAUCGAUCAAUUUUUUUGUUUCUGUUUUUCCUUUUUUGGUUUGUGGACUGAGGAGUGUAAAGACAUUUUGUGUGUUAAUUGGGUUUUUGUAAAGAGAUUAAUUGCGUGCGUGCAUGCGCGUGCAUGCUUUAAUGCGUGGUUGCAUUGCAUGCAUGCCAUGGCAUGACAACACUGGUGUGUAAUUUGAUUGAUGUAUACAAAGUGAAUUUAUUAAUAAUAAUAAACCAAGAAUGAAGAAAGUUAA